GUCAACGAGACGGUACAAUAGUUACAAACUUGACACCGCCACUCAUUCCUACAGUGUAUUUUCUUACAGAAGGUAUUGCUAGUAAAGAUAACUUCACAGUCAUCAACCAUAGUAAUACAAUAUUCUCAUUACAUUAUAAAAUCACCUCGAGUACUCUAAGCGAAUAGUUUCAAAACUAACAAUUAAGUAUUCCGAAUCCGAGUUUAAUUUUGUUAAAAACUAACAAUGCAUUUAAAACACAUUAUACGGUUUUUCUGCGUCACGUUGUAUUUCUUACACGGUCAAGGUGCCCCUUCUGAAGCACAAGUUAAUUUAGUUCGAGAGGAAGUCGCGACAAGAGUGGGACAAAAUGAACUAAACUUUGAUGGAAUGGCAACUGUAUUUAACGAGAUAUCAGAGUUGCUCGACUCAUCCGUAAGGCUCGAAAAAAGCGAUGAAUUGAAAAUGGCCUGUUCAUAUACGAAGCCGGAAGUCGAACGCUACGCCCGAUCGAUUGUGGGUUUUGAUCAUCCGGCUGUAUUGGAAAGGAUAGCAUACGUGAUCGAUAUGCACGAUGAAAACCACAACGGAAAAUAUAGCUACAAGCAAAUACGAAAUAUAAUCGCCGCUUUAAAACAAGAAUUUGCCGCAUUGGAAAUAACCGUACAAUUUCCCAGUGAUAAGCAAAUUAAAGAGCGAGUUUACAAAAGCAAAUACAAUGCGAAAGACGUUGAAACACUCAUCUUUAAUAAUUUAUUUACGGAGUAGUUGAUUAACUGUUAUUGAAUUACUACAUGCAUGUAGUAAAACACAUGUUCAAUAUUCAUGUUGGCUUGAUUGAUUAAUAAAUUAUUUUGGCUCUUA